CCUGACCCACGCGUGUCGUUGUUAUCACGGCUCAUGCUGACGUACGUGUCUCCACCGCUGUGUGGAUCCCUGCCAUAUUCACGCCGGGCAAGAUGGCGGCGAUACGGACGGGCUGUUAUUGCCAGUGAACACAAAAAGGCAUUUAUUUAAGCUAACAAACCCGUUCAGAGACAUUUGUACCAUCGACCAUAUUGUGUGCACAUUUCUGUCGAACCAACGUCGACGUCUCGUUUAUGUUUUGCGUAUUUCUUACAAAAUGUUAACGUUGUAGCCUACUCGCUAACACGGGCAGUAAGUAGCUAACUAGCUAUCUAUCACAGCCAAGCCGCCGUGAAGUGGAGAAUGGGAGAAAAGCUGGAGCUGAAGCUCAAAUCGCCGGUUGGAGCAGAACCAGCCGGUUACCCGUGGCCAUUACCAGUAUAUGACAAACAUCAUGAUGCUGCUCAUGAAAUCAUCGAAACCAUACGGUGGGUGUGUGAGGAAAUACCAGACCUCAAACUGGCAAUGGAAAACUAUGUGCUCAUUGAUUAUGACACAAAAAGCUUCGAAAGUAUGCAGAGACUAUGUGACAAGUACAACAGGGCCAUCGACAGCAUUCACCAGUUGUGGAAAGGGACCACCCAGCCCAUGAAACUAAACAAGCGUCCAUCCAACGGCCUGCUGCGCCACAUCUUACAGCAGGUGUACAAUCACUCUGUCACCGACCCAGAGAAGCUCAACAACUAUGAGCCCUUUUCUCCGGAGGUGUACGGAGAGACCUCGUUCGACCUGGUGGCCCAGAUCAUUGAUGAAAUUGAAAUGAUGGAGGAGGACACCUUUGUGGAUCUUGGCAGUGGAGUUGGGCAAGUUGUUCUGCAAGUCGCUGCAGCAACCAACUGUAAACACUACUAUGGUGUGGAGAAAGCAGACAUUCCAGCCACCUAUGCAGAGACAAUGGAUAAAGAGUUUAAAAAAUGGAUGAAGUGGUAUGGAAAGAAACACGGGGAGUAUACACUGGAGAGGGGGGAUUUUCUAUCCGAGGAGUGGAAAGAUAGAAUUGCCAACACCAGUAUUAUUUUUGUGAAUAACUUUGCCUUUGGUCCAGAAGUAGACCACCAGCUGAAGGAACGAUUUGCAAACAUGAAGGAAGGUGGGAAAAUAGUGUCCUCCAAACCUUUUGCACCUUUGAAUUUUAGGAUAAACAGUCGGAACUUAAGUGAUAUUGGCACAAUAAUGCGUGUGGUGGAGCUGUCUCCUCUGAGAGGCUCAGUGUCCUGGACUGGAAAGCCUGUUUCCUACUACCUUCAUACCAUUGACCGCACCAUACUUGAAAAUUAUUUUGCUAGUCUCAAAAAUCCUAAACUCAGGGAGGAGCAAGAGGCAGCUAGACGACGCCAGCAGAAAGAUACAAAGGAAAGUAAAAGCAAUAGCACCACGCCCACAAAGCCAAAAGAACCCGCCAAGCCGGACUCUGGUGACGAAGAGGAGCGUCCAAGCUUGGUGACUGUGGUGAAGCCUAGUCCCAAACCCAGAAGAACACGAUUAUUGUCUAAAGGACGUAAACUGAACAACAAAAAACGUGGUCGCCCGAAGAAGGCCUCUGUUAAUACCACUGAGAAGAAAAAUAAGAAAAAUCAAAGUGCAUUGGAUUUGCUGCAUGCCAAGACCCUGUCUGCAGCGCCUGCUCAGGAUUCAUACCGGUCACCUCAAAGUCCUUUCUACCAGCUACCUCCCUUGGUUCAGCACUAUCCCUCUAGUCAGCUGCUGCUUGGCCCAACUCCUCCAGCUUUGCAACAAAUGCUAGAUAACAUCAAAAUACAAUACCUACAGUUUAUGGCCUACAUGAAGACUCCUCAGUACCGCUCCAACCUGCAGCAGCUUUUAGAGCAGGAGAAGCAAAAACACAGGGACCUGUCAGGACAGGCAGAGCAGUUGCAAGCUGUGUGUCAGUCUCACAAGGAAAAGAUUAAAGGACUUUUUCAAAUGAAGCUUGAUGAGUUGGGUGUAAAAGCCCUGACGGCAGAGGACCUUUUACAAGCGCAAAAAGAGAUAUCAGCCCACAAUCGCCAACUGAAAGAGCAGACGAAGCAGCUUGAGAGGGACAUGGCCUUAUUGAGGGACCACAGCCUGCUGCUACUGAAGACUCGAUGUGAGGAGCUGAAGCUUGACUGGGGCUCUUUAUGUUUGGACAGUCUGUUGAAGGAAAAACAGGCAUUACGAAGACAGAUAUCUGAGAAACAGAGGCAUUGCCUGGAGCUGCAGAUCAGCAUUGUUGAACUAGAGAAGAGCCAAAGGCAGCAAGAACUGCUGCAGCUCAAGUCCUACAGUCCCUGUGAUGGGUCUCCAUACAGAAAGAACUUGGAGUCGCGAUCCUCCAUAGACAUGGACACUACAAAGAUGGGUCUGACCUCUGUCCCUUUGCAUAAUGGCAUUAGUCCUGAGUUAAACGGCACCAGCUCUCCGUGUUUUGAACGCACCAACAUGAAAGGAGAGCUCCUUUCACGAUAUCUCCCCAUCUCCCCGGACCACGAGCUUGCGCCCUCUGCCUCUGACGUCCGACAGAGACAGCACACCUCCUCCCACACUCUUCCAGACUACACUCGCUUCUCACCUGCCAAAAUUGCCUUACGCAGGCAUCUCAAUCAGGAUGCUACUGCUGCUGCCCAACUAAGAGGUCCUGGGCUGAUGACACACAGGGGGGAACUAGUUGGUAUUAAUCCUCCAACUAAACAGAAUUGCCCCUCCCCUGGGGCAACUGAAGCCCCAAGUACUACAGCAAAAAAUUUUGAGAGGGCUGGUAAAGAGAAGAGUCCUCCUCAGAGUGAUAACAGUAUUACAAGCCUUCCAAUUAGCAUCCCUCUGAGCACGGUCCACCCAAGUAAACUGCCUGUCAGUAUCCCCCUGGCCAGUGUGGUGCUGCCAAACCGAGCUGAGAGACUGAGAAGUACUCCUAGUCCUGUCCAUACAAGUCAGACCAACGGAUACUCUUCCAGCUCAGGGUUGAUGAAUGGAGUUCUGCAUUCUGAGGAUCAUAAUGGUGCUUCGCUGUCUCCUCCCUCCCACUCCAACCCACCUCUGACAGGACCAAUGAGCCGUGGGUCCAUCCAGAGUCCCUCUCUCAGCACUGGAGGGGUGCUCCAGUAUGCAGAUGGACCCCCAAGAAUUGUGCCAGAGGACGGUCCAGACCACAGAGGAGGCGAGUCAGACAACGAGCCCUUGGAAAGUGAGAUGCGGAGGAGAAUCUUCUUCUCCUCUUCCUCUUCAUGUUCUUCAUCUUCCGGUAGUGGAAGCAGCGCUGCUUCAGGGUCACGCGUCCACCACCACACUGGCAGCUCAGGAAAGCAGGGAUACCAUGGCAACCACCACCACCAGUCCCCCGGCGCACAGCACAUGCACACUCCCACAAAUACCACAUCGCACACCUCCCACAGCCUGGGCGUUCAGGAGGGCCGCAAGCGAGGCAGAAGGAAGCGGGGUUCCACAGGAGGAGCUGUCACAGCCAGCACCUCCCCAAAAAGGAGGUCAUUCCCUGGACUCGGCUCCAGCCAUCACUCCUCAGGAUCGCCACUCAACAUCAAUUCAAUGGUCAGUAACAUUAACCAGCCCCUGGAGAUCUCUGCCAUAUCCUCCCCGGAGCAGUCAAGCCGCAGUCCCAGUGGGCUUGACCUGGACCAGCCUCCUAUUCUGAAGAGAGAGCGCCCCCUAGAGUUUAAUGGCACCGGACGGUAUUCAUCGGCCCCCAGCUCAGAUGAUGAGGACUCCGGCUAUCCUGCAGACAGCUCUAGUUCAAGAAUUGAAAGAAAAAUUGCCACAAUAUCACUGGAGAGCAGAGACCUUCCUGGUAGAUUUGUGGACACUGAAAGAAGCAGAAAAUCUGGGAGUAGCAGUGGAAACAGCACUGGCAGUGAAUCCUCAUCUACAUCCUCCUUGUCCUCUGCGAGCAAGUGGAAGUCUACAUUCUCUCCUAUUUCUGACCUGAAGCAGCCGGGCUCUGAGCUAAGACCGAGUGGCUCUCCUUUUGGUGUGGGAGGACCCAGUCGCAGCGCAGACUCUGAUCCAGACCACAAGCCACAUGCUCAGGGGCGCAAAGGCAGUGACGGAGAAUCCACUUAUGUGAUGUCCAACCCCUUCCUCAAUCAGGAGGGGGCUGUGCGAGGGGGGGCUGGUGGAGGCAGCGGUCCACAGGGAUCCAGUGGGUCUGAGACACGGCAGGUUCUGCAGAAACAGAAGGUCCCACGAGAUUGGGAGUCCAAGAACAGCAGCAGCCAGAACCUGUUCAUCUCUGCCGCUGCCAGCAGUGGAGCGGGCAUUCUGAGCUCAGUGUCCUCUACCUCUGGGACCGCCGUGGGGCAGUACCUGGGCUCUCAGUUUCCACUCGGAGGGACCUCCGUCCUACAAUCACUAUUUGGGGCCCAGACGGGAUCCUCUGUGAAUGGGUCGACCCGGCUUGUUAAUGGACAUUCAGCCCUUGGAAGCUUCUCCAGUGCUGGUUUGGCCGGAGGAGCAGCUGGAGGAAUCUUUCACCAUGUGGUACCUACAGUGUCCUCUCAUCAGUUUGGGGCGACGCUGGCCGCCUCUGGAGGCCUUGGCUCUCUGCUCAGUCUCUCCACCUCUACCUCGUCCCAAACUCAGCAGCACAGCCCGUCCCCAGCCGCGUCCUCUCGACAAACCCCUGUGUCCUCUCCUGUCCCUCCCUCUGCUCAGCACAGCCGCACACAGACAGUUCUGCAUAGCCCCUCUCCCCCCACUCUCUCCCUGCCUCCCCCUCCUCCCCUCCACACUGUCCCAUCCUCUUCAGCACCCAUACUACCUGAUACUCAGGCAUCUUCCCGCUCAGACCGCCUGUCCCACACUGCCCUCCACCAGCAGAGGGUGCAGUCCUCCCUCUCCAUUUCCACCUCUGUGUGUUCUGUCUCUACUGCUUCUGCCCCUGUGUCUUCCUCAUCCUCUCCGUCUUCUUCGUCGCGUCCUUUUGCUGUGCACUACUCACCUCGACAGCCCCCUCCACAGACCGGCAGCAGCUCUGCAAGCAGUGGGGGCAUGUGGAGGACUCAGAGUAUGCACAGUGGCCACUCCACGUCCCAUCUGCCUGGCUCCCGGCCUAGAUAGGUUUUGGGGUGGGGG